GCUGUCACUGCAGGUCACCGUAUUUCGCAGGCAGCAGGCGGUGCCACCUCUCACCACGUUGCGGAGGUGCUCUCUGCCCCAGCUACCCCAGCGACACCAACAACUGAUUUGGAACGGCUCCACAAUGGAGGAUCAUUUUACGUAUGGUCCUCGCAGAGGCCCGUGUGUCGUCUGUGGCCAGGCUGGUACUGCAUGCGCGCGCUGCCGCGUCGCCUUCUACUGUGGCAAGGAACACCAGAAACAGCAUUGGAAACUGCAUAAGCCGACCUGCGGUUGCCUCGAGGUACGUGCUGACGAGCGUGUAGGCCGACACAUCGUGGCCGUUAAGGACAUCCCGAUGCGCACUGUCCUCAUGAGGGAGCUGCCGCUGGUCGUCUACCCUGGAGCCUCAACGAAUCCGCUUGAACCCACGAAGUUGUGCGUCGCGUGCUGUUUGAAGUGCAAUGAAACUGUCCCAUGCAGCCAUUGCGGAUGGCCUCUUUGCAAACGUAGCUGCCCCUAUCUGGAUCGCCACAACAUCGAAUGCGCUGCUCUAAAACCUAAACAGGCCCCCGUAAAAUGUUUUAGUGUCACGGCCCUGCAUGUACUCGGUGUGGUUCGGAUUUGGAAGACGUUUGAGCAGGAGCAAGGGCCCCGUCUCUUAAAUCUGCAGCAUGAAAUGGCAACGCCAUCACCUGAAUAUGGCACGGUCGAAGCCGCGAACCUGAAAGUUGCCCGCGAAGGCUUUCGGACGGCGGUCUCAUCAGCUGCAGCCAUGGCAUCCACUAUGGUGGCGUGCAGUAGGCCUGAGACCCUGAAAGGAUUGGAAAGAGCCUCCGGGGCUGCUAUUUUAAACGGCUUUGUCUUGAUGAAUGAAAAGUGCGGAUCAGCCUUGUACUCUGGUCUAUCUCUGCUGGAGCAUUCGUGUGUGCCCAACGCACGCGUUAUUCCUGAUGAGGACUCAGACUCAGACGAACUACUCCUGAUCGCCUCGAGGGACAUCGCUGCCGGCGAGCACGUGACUAUUGACUACAACUAUCAACGAUUCCCCACCCUGUCCGAGCGCUUGCGUACCAACGCUUCAAGGGGCUUCGUGUGCCGCUGCGAGUUGUGCGAGGAUCCUACGGAAAAGGGGACUUACUUCAACGCCUGGUGCUGCACAACCUGCAAAAGCAGGGAUCUGAAGAGCCUAGUCACCCCAGUCGAUGCCUUUGGCUGGCAAUGCAGGGUAUGCAAGUCGAGCGGUCCGUCUGUUGAUCCAGCUGUACGUGAGCUGGAGGAGUCAUUCGCGUCGCUUCAGGCGUCGAUGGCGCUGCACCCUGAUCCUCUCGGGGAAGAUGCCCAGCGCUUGUGGCAGCGGUUCAUCGACUCUGCGGUGUGGCCGAAAGGACCUCUGCACCUGACUCACCACCUGGUGGUCAAGGCCAGGGCCGAGUUGUUAGGACAGGGCGACAACAGGUAUCCAGUCAGGAUACCAGCAACCCUCAAGGAGGCAGGGUACCUGGUAGAGAUCUGCAAAAGACUUCUGGACGUUGCAGUUGCUCUCCACCCACCUAUACAUGGCGACUGGUUUGAGGUCAAAAUGUUCCUCUUUGAAUUUACCAUGGCUAAACUCAUGCUGCAGCAUAGACAUGGACUCCAAGGCAAUCGAAGGACUGUUAAUUGUGAAAUUGAUAAGCUGAAGAAAGAAUUAUGUGCUCUUCUCGCUGAAAUCCGCCACAUUGCAGUCACCCAAUUUGAGCUGAAGGCCGUUCAAAGAAUGGAAUGGCUGUUAAGGUUUGUGUAGUUUUUAUAAGUGGACUUUACUCUUUGUUCUUGUAAAUUAAUAGAUCUACUGGAAUUUGUUUUGAUGUAAGAAAAGCAGAUGAAUCAUCUGCAAGUAUUUUGAGUAGUUUUAUUCCCAUAAAAGUUGUUGCUUUUGAAAUGGGGUGGGGUAUUACCUCUACACCCCAUCCCCAUCUGUGGAUUGAAAAUUCUUAUUGAGAUGCAAUUUGUUGGUACAUGCAUUAAAAAACUUUAACACGAAA